UCACUCACACCACAGAUUCGCGCCAAAUCGGCCGGACUUCAGACACUUUGUGCUUUGUGCUUGGUUUUGUUGAUGAUCUGUGGUUUUUCCAGCACCAGAGAAACGUUGUUUAUCGUAUUGAGAAUUUACUUAGCUCUGUUUUGCCAUGGAGGGUUUUGACAAUCCUGGUGUGUUCUUCUCUGACAACUUUGGAGCCGGCGAUGAGGAGGAACGCAGUGAAGUAAAUGUUGGAUUCAAUGCAACGAAGAGGAAACUAAAAGACUUUUUGCGCCAAUUUCACGAAGGCAACUUUAAUUACAAAUACAGAGAUGCCCUCAAACGUCAGUACAAUCUUGGCCAGUUCUUCUUGGAAGUUAACCUGGAAGAUUUGGCAAGCUUCGAUGAGGCGCUUGCUGAUAAAAUGUACAAACAGCCUACCGAACAUCUGACUGUGUUUGAAGAAGCUGCUAAAGAAGUGGCUGACGAAGUCACUGCUCCUCGGCCUGAGGGAGAGGAAAAGGUUCAAGAUAUUCAGGUACUCCUGUCUUCAGAUGCUAAUUGUUCAUCUUUACGUGAUAUGAGGUCUGAUUAUGUGUCCAAACUAGUGAAAAUCCCAGGAAUUAUUGUGGCAGCAUCUGGAAUAAGAGCAAAGGCUACCAAAAUUGCUAUUCAAUGUCGCUCUUGCAGGAAUGUCAUUCCUAAUUUAACUGUCAGGCCUGGGCUUGAUGGAUAUGCUAUGCCAAGAAAGUGUAAUACUGAACAAGCUGGACGCCCCAACUGCCCCCUUGACCCAUUCUUCAUCAUGCCUGACAAGUGCCACUGUGUUGAUUUUCAAACACUGAAACUUCAAGAACUUCCUGAUUCUAUUCCCCAAGGAGAAAUGCCUCGACACUUAUCCUUGUAUUGUGACAGAUACCUUUGUGAGCGUGUUGUUCCUGGAAACAGAAUACUUGUCCUUGGAAUUUAUUCUAUCAAAAAAAUUGCGAGAACAGGAAAGAUGGACGGAAGAGAGAAGGGUAUUGUUGGUGUUCGAGCUCCAUACCUCAGAGUUGUUGGCAUUCAGGUCAACAGUGAAGAGGCAGGUCACAGCACAGGGAUCAGUAUCACACCAGAGGAAGAAGAUCUUUUCCGCAGGCUUGCAGCUAGCCCUAACAUUUAUGAGAGAUUAGCAAAGAGUGUUGCUCCCAGUAUCUUUGGAUUUGCUGACAUUAAAAAAGCAAUAACAUGCCUCUUGUUCGGAGGCUCAAGGAAACGUAUGCCUGAUAAUCUCACAAGAAGAGGAGAUAUUAAUAUACUGCUACUUGGUGACCCUGGAACAGCCAAAUCUCAGGUUCUCAAGUUUGCUGAAAGAGUGGCCCCAAUAGCCGUGUACACUUCUGGCAAAGGUUCUUCUGCAGCUGGUCUGACAGCAUCUGUAACAAGAGAUCCAGUUUCACGCAACUUUGUCAUGGAAGGAGGUGCUAUGGUGCUUGCUGAUGGGGGUGUUGUCUGCAUUGAUGAAUUUGACAAAAUGAGAGAAGAUGAUCGAGUAGCAAUUCAUGAAGCCAUGGAACAGCAAACUAUUUCAAUUGCUAAGGCUGGUAUUACGACAACUUUGAACUCCAGAUGUUCUGUAUUGGCUGCUGCAAAUUCUAUUUUUGGUCGUUGGGAUGAUACCAAGGGAGAGGAAAAUAUUGAUUUCAUGCCUACUAUCCUGUCCCGUUUUGAUAUGAUUUUCAUUGUUAAGGAUGAGCACAAUGAAAACAGAGAUGUGACCUUGGCUAAGCAUAUCAUGAAUGUGCAUAUGAAUGCUGGCCAGUCACUUCAAGAAGCUGCAUCAGAGGGCGAAAUUUCACUCCCUUUGUUUAAGAAGUUUAUCAACUACUGCCGUUUACGCUGUGGACCACGGCUUUCAGAAGCUGCUGGAGAAAAACUAAAAAACAGAUACGUAUUGAUGAGAAGUGGCACUCGUCAACAUGAAUUAGACACUGAUAAAAGAAUGUCAAUUCCCAUUACAGUCAGGCAGCUGGAGGCUGUUGUUCGCAUAUCUGAGUCCCUGGCCAAAAUGAAACUCCAGCCAUUUGCUGGUGAAGAAGAAGUCAAUGAAGCUCUACGACUCUUUCAAGUCUCUACUCUUGAUGCUGCUAUGUCUGGAUCCCUGGCUGGUGCUGAAGGAUUUACAACCGAAGAAGAUACGGAAAUGUUAUCUCGCAUAGAGCGUCAACUAAGGAAAAGAUUCGCAGUAGGUUCUCAGGUAUCUGAACACAAUAUUGUUCAAGAUUUCCUGAAACAGAAAUACCCAGAAAGGGCUAUCAUGAAAGUUAUUCACACAAUGAUUCGCCGCGGAGAACUUCAGCACAGAAUGCAGAGGAAAAUGCUUUAUAGAUUGAAUUGAUGUCAAUCAGGUUUGAAAAUCAUUUUCCAAAACUCCAAAUUUUGCCUUGUGCCUUUUAAUUUAAGUCUGUUUUUGUCAUAUGUGUCCCAAUCGUGCCUGUCAAUAUUAAUGGUGUUUGUACUUUAAUAUGUGGUGUUAUGUAGUCGCAUAUCAACUUCCAUUUGUAAAUUAUUAAAUUUGAAUUCUUUUA